UCCGUGCCACCAACUAUUCGAAACAUUUAAAGGGAAAGUGAAAAAAUUCCGAAUGAAAAGAAGCAAAUUUAAAACAUUCCCAAGUGAAGUGUGAUCAAUUAAAAGCUCUAGAAGGCGGGUCACUCGCAGGGGGGAAGGAGCACAAAAUAACAGUCGCUGUGUGAGACUUUUCCCACUGAAUCUCCCGAGCAGCUGAGGUCUCGACGAGCUCCGAGUCACCGGGCUGUGGCGGCGGAGACGCGCAGGGCCGUGGAGGGCGGCGCUCCCGGGGGGCGGGGCGGAGUCCUGGUCCGCCAGCGCUGCUGGAUGAACGCGGCGGACAGAGCUAAGCGAGCGAGCGGAGUGGCCGCGGCGUGUAGAGGCGCUAAGCACCACGUGCUUUAAUUAUUCUGGUCCUCCCGACACCUCAGUCUUGUUUAGCCUUUUUUUUUUUUUUGGUGAAAACAUUUUUUAUUAUAAAUUUCCCUCCUAAGUUCUAAUUCAUUUAUGAUGGUUGACUUCACUAGACAGUAAUUAAAAUGUAAGGGUACUAUAUAAUUACUUUGUUUAUUUGGCCUCGCGCACUCUCCGGUACGGCGGCAGCAGAGGUCGAGAUGCACGCGCCGCAGGACACGACCCACACGAGGAUUUUCGUGGGGGGGCUGCCGUACCACACCACGGAUACCAGCCUGAGGAGGCACUUCGAGGCGUUCGGCGCGGUCCGGGAGGCGGCCGUCAUCACCGACAGACGCACGGGCAGGUCCAGAGGCUACGGCUUCGUGAGUACGGUUACAAUGGCAGAUGGAGCUUCGGCACAGAGGGCCUGCAGAGACCCCAGUCCCGUUAUCGAUGGCAGGAAGGCCAAUGUCAAUCUGGCAUAUUUAGGGGCCAAGCCCAGGAAGCAGAGGUCAGGCUUUGUUGGAACUCCUGCUGUCCUCCCAACGUUCACUCGAAGUUCCUAUGAGUUUCCCACUCACUUUGUGUAUCCAGAGGCCUGGGUCCAGCCCAGCAUGGUGAUCUCCCACAUCCCAGGCACGGCCAGCACUCCAGCUGCUACCUCUCCUUUUGUUGACUACAGUGGCAUGGCCUAUAUGCAGUAUUCAGGCGCCGCAGCGUCUCUUUAUGAACAGUACCCCUAUGCUGCUUCCCCUGCCCCAGCUGCCUGUGUCCCUGCAGCUAGUUACGGGCUGGCUUUUCAACAGCCCCUGGGGCCUGCCACCCCAGGACCAGCCACUGCAGUUGCUACUGCCUUCAGCCACUGCCCCCCCCAACUGCUGCAGGCAGACCACAUGCAAUAGCAAUUUGUGGUAGGGGUGGAUAAUGCAAAUGAUGCUGAGAGUUGUAGGAUAGUAUGAAGGUUGUUGAUGGUAUAAUUCUGGGGCUUUUCAGCACGCAGUUCCUAAGAAAUGCAAAUUUGCAACAGAAACAAAUUAAAAAUACAAGUUGAUAGUUCAGUAAUGCCUAAUUAAACAUUCCAAUUAUAAGGUAAUUUUCCUAUGAGCAUCUCAACAGAUUGGGGUUUAAUAAACAAGAUUGUGGGAGUUUGUACAACUAAAGAAUACAGUGGAUAUAAUGAAACUGAAAAGAUUAUUUUUUUUUAUCAUAGGAGGGAUAAAGUGUGUGUGUAGUCUCUCUGACAAAGAUUAGUUUUAACAGAAAUCUAUGAGAUGGAGGGCUUGACUGAAGUCACCCAAAACAUCUACUUCAUGCUUACAUCCAAACAUUAAAAACAGAUCAGUGGGAACCAUUCCAGAGACUCCAGUUUAAUACCUCUCUAGAAUGGGCUGUAUGCGUUCCAACGGUGAGAUGUCUAGGCUAAACUCUUCUCCCCCUUCCACUGCAAGAGUUGGUCUCGUCUCAACCCUAGGACAAGAGGCUUGAGACCAGGGACUAAAGAUCACCGCAAGAGACCUUUCAGUCCAUCUGUUUCAGACCUGCUUAUCUCUGACAUGCAAAGGAUGGGGGAUUCUGGGUAGGUGAACACUUGGGGCAAAAAUAUGACAGGAGGAAGUGUGAUGCCAAGAUAAUAUAUAUAUGAUUUGUGACACUGCUGCUUAAAAGGGGUGAAUUUUGUAAAAUUUAGAAUUCAUAAGUAAAAGUGGUGCAGUUUCCAUUAUUAAACCAAAGGUCUGCACUAAAAUUGCCUUAACACUUGACUGAGGUAUUGAAAGAAUAUUUAUUUCUGAAUACACAUUUUUGUUCAGUUAAGGGUUACAGUUGAAUCAAGGAUUUACUGUUGUAUUUGGCACAUAAAUGUUUUUAUUUUAUGCACAAAUCUUUGAGCAAAUGGGUUUUCAGUUUGGUUUUGCUUAAAACUAGGAUUUAAAUAACAUACAAACUGAAUGCACAUUGUUUAUCAUUUUCUUUUCUGGGUUUUAUUUAAAGAAUUUAAUUUUUACUUGAAUGUGUAAUGCAUAACACAUUGUAAAUGCAGUCCUGUCCAGUAGAAUUUUCCUCAUGUCUGCUUCUCUUUAAAAUUGUUUAAAACAAAUGCUUCAGUGUACACAGCAUUCUCUUAUUUAAUUUUGAAAGCUUUGCUUUUUACUAAAUUAACUUUUAUACUUGAACUGUUUCUUGCAGAGAAACAAUACUUCAGACAAUAAAC